CUAAAUUAAUAAUCAUGAUGUUUUCAUUCUUUUCUUUUAAAGCAUUGCAAUCAACUUCAAACUGUAAAUAAACAGAUUCAGUGCAUUUUUUCAUUUUUAUUUGUAUUUUUUCUUCAGAAUAAAAUAGUUUUUUGAUAUUUUCCUUGUUUUUUAAAUAUGACAUUUUUUAAAUAGAUCAUUGUUUUCUGGUAUCAAGUGUGUUAAAGUGAAUUUUUCAGAAAUUUUUUAAAUCCAAAAUGGAGUCGCCGGAGAUAUCAACGUUGAGAAUAUUUACCGGUGAUGAUUUGAAAACCAGUUUGUUCCAUCAGACCGAGGCUGGUUAUCAGACUGAUGUUAAACUAGUUUGUCAAGAUGGAACAUUAAAGAUGCAUAAACCCCAUCUUUUAAUAUUUAUUCCGGAGCUAGCAGCGUGGAUACCUGACCGUCUAUACAGUGAUGAACUAAUUAUUUGUCUGGAUGAGAGAACAGUAGAGGAGGUACAACUAGCGAUCAAACAAUUAUAUUUAGAUGAUUCUUCAAGUUUUCUCCGAUCUAUCCUGGGAUUUAAGGAUUCGGAGAUAUCCUGUAUCCACCUGCUGCAAGAUGCUGAAUAUGAUGAAGAGAAUGUAGUUGAAGACUAUCCUACUGAUCAGACUGAAUAUACAGAAGAUCAUGAAACAAGGGAUAAUGAUGAUAUGGGUGCACCCCAACCUACAGUGGACAAAGAGGAAAUGGAGGAAGACGAAAUAUUUUCAAACUCAAAUUUAUCCAUGGAGAACACUGGAGAAAGAUUAAAGUACGAGAAACUGUUCCCAUGUCCUGACUGUGAAAAGGUGUUCACUACCUCACAUUAUUUGAAGAUACAUGAAAAGAAAUCCCACAGUAACUCAGUUUUUGUAAAACAGCACAGGUGUUUGUCUCAUCCUGAAAUGUUGUUUGAAAAUAUCAACAGAUUAACGGCACAUUUUAACAGCGAGCACUCACAAAAAAUGAUUCGUGACCUGGUAACAAAAGGUCAGGUCAAACGUCGACAGAAGAAGAAAAUUCAGGAGUUAGACCUGAGUUCAGAAACUAAACUACUUUUAGAACAAUCUCCCAUUAAAGAGAAGGAAUUUUCUUGCACAUUUUGCACUAACUUCUCCUCAGACAAGAAGGAGAGCUUAGAUAAUCAUAUAGAUCUCUGCCAUACCCCUGUACAGUGCCCAGACUGUGACAAACUAAUUUCAAGCAGGCGAAAUCUUCGGAGUCAUAUGGCUUAUAUUCACAAGAUGGAAGGAAACGAGCAUGUUUGCCAAGAAUGCGGGAAAGAUUUUCCUACAUUUCAGAGUAUGAAGAAGCACUACGACUCCAAGCAUGUUAUUGAGAAAAGGUUUAAGUGUGAAGAAUGUCCUAAAUCCUACGGAACAAAAUCAAUGCUAAAGGAGCAUGUUGAAAGUAAACACCAAUCCGCCCAGUACCCCUGCAGUACGUGCGGGAAAGCUUUUGGUACUAAAUCCUUGCUACGAGGCCAUGAGCAAACACAUUCGGAUUUCAAAAAAUUUGAAUGUGAUCAAUGUGAGAAAAGAUUCCGAACUCGAGAGAAAUUGCGCAAUCAUCAAUCUGUUCAUUCUAGUUUAAAGCAUCCUUGUCUGAUUUGUGGCAGCCAGUUCUCCAGAUUAGAGACGCUGAAAGUUCACAUGAGAAUUCAUGACGAGUCGCGAGCCCUCAAAUGUUUGGAGUGCGGCAAACUGUUUGAUACUUCCCAGAAACACAAAGAACACAUGAACACACAUACAGGAGAUAAACCUUUUGUGUGUAGCCCUUGCGGAGCAGCCUUUAGUUCCUCAAGCUCUCUGUGUCAUCAUCGAAGGAACUGCUCCUACCUUCAUAAAACUGAUGGAAGCUCCUUGGAGCCCACAAAUCAUUUUCUUCAGCUUAGAGAACAACAACCAUUGAAAACUGAAGGAGUGUUCUAUCUGUGAAACAAUGAACUGUUGACUGUGAAGUGUAACAAGAAGAAACCAACCAGCCUUGAAUUUUUAGUUUUAUUAUAUUCUAUCAUGCUUCGGAAUAUCAACAUUUCGUAUUUUGUUAGUUUUCAAAAUAAAGAUUCAUCUCACCUGUUUA